CAACUGUCAAAUGUAUCCGGUCCUUUACCAACAACACUUUAAAUUAAUGAUUUGUGAAAAGCAUGUCGGCUUGAGGCAGUGCCGAACAUCCCUUCCCAUCGCAUCGUACCACAUAGAUAUAGUGUAUAGAGUCAUCUUUCCCGACUUCCUUCCCUUAUCUCACUUCCUUCUUCCUCUCAGCCUUUCCUAUUUCGUUGAUUUCUCUGUCGUGAUGUAUUGGGAUAGCGACGACAUAGCAACAGCCAAGAUGCUGAACGAGGAGUACGCCGCCGUCCCGCUCGAUGAGAAGGAGUACUUCGGUACCCCGCAUUUUGUGAGAAGACAAUAUGACUUUUCAGUCGGCGAUAUACUGAAGGCAGUGCUUUUGGUAUUUUUCAUGGCGAUAGGGAGCUUUAACUUGGGAUUUGUUGUGGGGCAGAACUGGAAGGCGGGGUCGAAGUGGGAGGCGGGUGAGGAUGGGCUCUUACCGCCGCAGGCUCUUGUUCCGGACAUUCCGAUGAAGGAAGUGGUUUUUGAGUUCCCCACACAAUAUCAGGAUACGGGACUUGAAGGAGACAAGUUGUGGAAUGAUCUUAUGCCUUUGGGUUCCGGAUUCGUACGAGUCCCCUGGCCCCGAAGAUUCGACAUCCCACAAAGCAAAGCCGUCCCCGAAGACCCCGAAGAAGCAGAAGUCUACUCCCUCUCCGUAACACAUCAACUGCGCUGUCUCGGCGUCCUACGAGACGUGAUUAGAAAGUACGAAGUAAAUGGUGGUAACCGAUCACGGUUCGCGGGUAAUGGACAUGAAUAUCAUUGCUUAGAUUACAUAAGACAAGCAGUCCUCUGCGCAGGCGAUACAACGCUCGAUUACGCAGGGAUAGUCAUCGGAGACGAUGGCAAUCAACGGAGACUGGGCUUUUCGGGCGAGGGCUCAACACAUCAGUGUAGAGACUGGAAUGCUAUUUCUUCGUGGGCGAUCAAGAAUCGUUCGGGGGAUAAGACGGGAGUUGUAUGAUGUAUAAUGGAAACUUCAUUCUUUGUUUGGAGGUGUGAGGGAGUUGGAGGCUUUGAUUAUUAUUGAUACCUGGGUAGACGGGGGGUAGUGUAUAUAGGCUAGAUCCAGAAUGUCGAGAGCAACCACUUGUGAAAAACUGCA